CGCGCCAUUUUCCGCAUUUUUUCUUCGCAGUCGGCACGAAAUUUUGGUUGGAGCUGAAAAAAAUGUUAAAACGCGACUUGCAGAGCAUCACGCUCAAGUUAUCCGAUCUCAAGGAGUACGAGGUGGCUCGACUGAAGAACAAGUACAAGCCGCCACCUCCCCGAUUGUCCCAGGAGGUCAUCGUUAGCGAUGACGCCUCCACCUCAGGAACGGCAAGUUGCAGCUGCCCAACGGGCUCGGGAUCGGGCUCGGGCUCGGGCUCAGGUACAGCCUCGGGAUCGGGAUCAGGAUCAGGAUCAGGUUCCGGAACAGGCAUUCGAUCGGAGACACCUUCUUCCGCUUCGUAUACCACUUCCACGACGCCGACGCCGGCUACCCAGGAAGAUCUACUCGAGCGAGCGGGCAGACCCUCGUCUGCGGUCACGGCCACCACCACAACCACGGGCACAACCGGCUCUGGCUCCACGGACGAUGUGAGUGUGGCCGCAGUGGUCGAUGAUACGGACACCAUAGAUGAGAUUAGCGACGACAACUGGGUGGACCUGAAUGCGGACACCAACGAUACGAAUGAUACGCUUGAUACUCUCGACACCAACGAGGAGGAUGGCGCCAGAGGAGGCAUCUAAGGAGCAAAACUGGGAGCAGGUUGUUCUUCGGGUUCGACCCCAUCAGACGUGGAAUUGAAGCUGGCA